GCAGCAGGAGACAGCGGGGUUUGUUAUCGCACGGCUCGGCUCGGCUCGGCUCUGUUUGGCCCGGGGACGUUGGUGCAUAGCUGGGCCUUCACCGUCUAUCACCAUGGAGUUUUUAUGGGGGAAUCCGUUCAACACGCCGGUGGGACAGCGCAUUGAGUCUGCGAGCAGCUCCAGCCUUCCGUCAGAGGACUGGGCCAUGAACAUGGAAAUCUGUGACAUUAUCAACAGUUCAGAGGACGGACCCAAAGAUGCCGUCAGAGCCAUAAAGAAAAGGAUAGUGAGCAAUACGAACUUCAAGGAGGUCAUGCUGGUCCUUAGUGUUCUGGAGACCUGUGUGAAGAACUGUGGCUACAGGUUUCACAUUCUGGUGACAUCCCGGGAUUUUGUAGAAGGGGUUCUGCUGCGGGCGAUCAUCCCCAGGAACAACCCUCCGCUAAUCCUGCAUGACCGCGUGCUCGGUAUCAUACAGGCGUGGGCCGACGCAUUCCGUAGCUCGCCCGACCUCACGGGCGUGGUGUCAGUGUAUGAAGACCUGCGAAGGAAAGGGCUCGAGUUCCCCAUGACGGAACUGGACGGUUAUUUAUCUGUGCAAGCCCCCAAACAGACGUUGCCUAAGAACGGGCCUGCUGUCACUACUCUGCCUUCUGCGCUCCUUUCUUCCAAACUUCCACUUAUCUCACCCCAGACGUCAGAACUCAGAAAGAUCCUAGAGGGAACAAAUGCCUUCACUCCCUGCCAGGUUAAAAUGCUGAAGACGGAGCUGGGAGUGGUGCGCAGUAACCUGACCAUGAUGUCGGACAUGAUGAGUCAGCUGGAUCCAGUCACAGUGAAACAGGCAGACAUGGAGCUGCUGGAGCAGUUGUACACAGUGUGUAAGGAAAUGCAGGACAGGAUCAUAAAGGUCGUCCCCAGACUCAGCGAGGAGAAGCUGAUCGAAGAGUUACUGGAGACCAACGAUGAGAUGAACAGCACCUUCACUCGCUACCACAGGUUUGAGAGACACCUAACAAAUGGCCAAGAUGAGACACAGAAGAGCCACACGUACGUCAACCUGGCAGACCUCGAGUUAACCACCGAGUCAGGAGUGGCAUCGGCCACGAGCGACAGUUUGUCCAGUCAGUUAGCCAAACUCAGCACGAGUGAAUCGGACGAGACUCUAUCGCAGAGAAUAAUCGCCUCAACUCAACAGUCACCAAGUGAGAAAAGUGACACGGCGCUGGACGGCCAAGCUCAAGCUCAGGACAACAGACUACACACCAUUGGAGCGGACGACAGCCCGACCUCCACCCGCAGCUCCUCGCCAAAGUUAGAUUGGAUGGUUAAGAGGGGAAUGAUUCCUAUCAGCCAGUCCAGUGUAAUGGAUGACAUUGAGAAAUGGCUGGAGUUGGAUGAUGAGUAUGAUGACUUUGAGGACUCUGAUGGUGUGACCAGUGAAGAGUUCGACAGGUUCUUGGCAGAAAGAGCGAAAGCAGCGGAGCGUCUGCCGUCGCUGAGGGCGUCUUUAGAGGACGCCCACCACUCCACGUCCUAAAAAAAACAACAACCUGCUGCCACACUAACCAAACCCACGGCAGGGCUCCUGAAAACACCAUCACACAAAUGGUGUUUUCUUUUUUUCUUCUUUCGCUGAACGGUUGAAUGGCACAUUUGAUGAUAAGGGGAAUUGCAACCAGUAUUUAAGAACUUCAUGUGUGUGUAUAUUGCUAUUUACUGUGGCUCAAAUAUGUUUCUUAUGAGAGGUUUUUACUUGACGUUGUUGUGAGGGUUUGUCCCAUGUGUAGAAUGCAAACGUUUGCACUUUUUAUAACGUUAAAUUCCUGCUGUCAAACGAGAGGAUACUGCUCCACGAACAUUUUGUAACAUAGACGAUGUAUUAUAUUGCUGUCAUACUGUAUAUACAGUAUAUAUAUAUAUAUAUAUAUAAUAUAGUUGAAAACGAUGAUGAUUACAGGAAACGUCCCUGUCGAAGCAAACUUGCGUAUUAAGAGCUGAGAUUUAAAUAACUUCAUCUUUACAUCAUUGGUGAUGUAGAACUUUCUUUUUUCUUUUUAAACAUUCCUUAACUUUCCCUUGAAAAUGUGUUUUACAGGAAACUGUGACAGACUAAGACUACUGUCAUGUAUUAAACUAAAUCUGUUCCCUGGAA